AUGGACACAACUCGCCUGCCCGAGUCCAAGGUCGAAUCCGCCCGCAAACCCCAAGGCCGCCAAUACGGCCAGACAUCUGUUACCCCACGUGCUGCGAUGGGCUUUCCCUCCUCUCUCGACCCAAAGAGAGAGGACACAUCUACUUCAAUUUCAUGUGAGAUAUGUGGCUAUGUGGGUCAUUCUGCACUUCAAUGUCAAUUAGGAAACCCCCCAUCCAUUGAUACUUCUGGUAAUGAGAAAGUUAGCUAUGUUAAUAACUUUAAUCAGAAGGGAGACCCAUUCUCCAAUACUUAUAAUCCGGGGUGGAGGAAUCAUCCUAAUUUUUCUUAUAGAAACCCACCUGGAAAUCCCAUGCCUGCAUCUAAUUUUGGUCCACCUGGUUUUCGUGCUCAUCAAUCUAAUUUCCCUUCUCAAAAGUCAAAUUUGGAAAAUAUGAUGGAGAAGUUUGUGACGACUCAAUCAAAAUUGAAUGAAGAGUUUAAGCAGCAACAACAAACCACGAAUGAGGUGGUAAAACAAUUGGCCUCUAAGAUGGAUUCCCUAGCUACGCAUAACAAGAUGUUAGAGACACAAAUCACCCAAUUGGCACAAAAUGUUAGCUCUUCCUCUAGGCCUUCAGGCAUGCUACCUGGACAACUUGAGACAAAUCCCAGGAGUCAUGUGAAUGCUAUAACUCUAAGAAGUGGAAAACAAUAUGAGGGAUCCAAGAUGAAGGAAAAUGAUGGGGUGGAUGGUCAUCAUGAAGAAAAAAAUGAAAACGUGAUAGAUGUGGAUAAUGAGACCCAAACGCAAGAAGAAGAAAAAGUUGAAAAAUAUGUGGCCCCCGCUCCUUACAAGCCUCCUCUACCCUUUCCACAAAGGUUAGCUAAGGCUAAGUUAGAAAAGCAAUUCGGAAAAUUUUUGGAGAUUUUGAAAAAGUUGCACAUCAAUAUCCCGUUCACUGAAGCUAUUUCUCAAAUGCCUUCUUAUGCUAAGUUCUUGAAAGAGAUCCUAUCUAACAAAUGGAAAUUGGAAGAAUACGAGACUGUGGCCCUUACUGAGGAGUGUAGUGCUAUCAUCCAGAAUAAGCUGCCUCCUAAGCUUAAGGAUCCAGGUUCAUUUUCUAUUCCUUGUGUUAUUAGUAAUGUCUCUAUUAACCGUGCUUUGUGUAAUUUAGGUGCAAGCGUCGGUAAGUUCUCUAUCCCGAUUGACUUCGUUAUUUUAGAAAUAGAAGAAGAUUCUAACAUUCCAAUUAUAUUAGGAAGACCCUUCCUUGCUACUGCAGGUGCUAUAAUCGAUGUUAAAAAUGGAAGGCUCUCUCUAAAUAUUGGAGGGGAGACGGUAGAAUUUGAUUUAAGCAAUACUAUGAAACUCCCUCUAACUGAUACAAUUUGUUACAGGGUCGACGUCAUUGACAAGUGUACACAUGAGCAAAUUUCAAAUAAUAACUCAGCUGAUCCACUUGAGAAAUGUUUGGUAAGUGAUGGUUCAAUAAAUGAUGAAGACCCCGAGGUAGCCGCGUAUGCUCAAUCUUUAGAAUCAACAUCAACUGCUCCACUUCGAAAUGCAAAGCUUGAAAGAUUGAUGCUAGAGCCAAAAGGUUCUAUUUGUGAAGAGGAUAAUGCACCAAAGGUAGAAUUAAAACCCCUCCCUUCCUCUUUAAGGUAUGAAUUUCUUGGCCCUGAUUUUACUUAUCCUGUGAUUGUGAAUGCAUGUCUGAAUGAAAAUGAAACUGAUAAGUUGCUUAGAACACUUAGGAUGCAUCGCAAGGUCAUAGGAUACACCAUGAACGACAUUAAGGGAAUUAAUCCAUCAAUUUGCAUGCAUAGAAUUCUCUUGGAAGAUGAUCAUAAACCCUCUAUAGAACACCAACGUAGAUUAAAUCCUAACAUGAAAGAAGUGGUUAAAAAGGAAGUGCUUAAGCUACUAGAUUCUGGGGUAAUCUAUCCUAUUUCUGAUAGUGAAUGGGUUAGCCCGGUUCAUGUGGUUCCUAAAAAGGGAGGUGUGACCGUAGUUAAGAAUGCAAAUAACGAACUUAUCCCUACUAGGACGGUUACGGGUUGGAGGAUGUGUAUUGAUUAUAGGAAAUUGAACAAGGCAACCCGAAAAGAUCAUUUUCCACUUCCCUUUAUAGACCAGAUGUUGGAAAGGUUGAAAGAAGCAUUGAUAACAGCUCCUAUUAUGCAACCGCCGGACUGGAAUCUCCCAUUUGAAGUCAUGACUGAUGCAAGUGAUUAUGCGGUUGGUGCUGUGUUGGGCCAAAGGAAGAACAAGAUAGUUCAUGCAAUUUAUUAUGCUAGUCGCACUCUUGAUGAAGCCCAAGUUAACUACGCUACCACUGAAAAGGAGCUAUUAGCAGUUGUAUUCGCCUUUGACAAGUUCAGGUCUUACUUAGUGGGGUCCAAAGUCAUCGUUUAUACCGACCACUCCGCCAUCAAAUAUCUUUUGAGCAAGCAAGAUGCCAAGCCUAGGUUGAUCCGAUGGAUACUACUUUUGCAAGAAUUUGACCUAGAGAUCAAGGACAAGAAAGGGACGGAAAAUUUGGUGGCAGACCAUUUGUCGAGGAUGAAGCAAGAAUCACAUGAUAAGGAGGAGGAUGAACUACCGAUCGAUGACUCUUUCCCAGAUGAUCAGUUGUUAGCCAUUGAAAGAUUGGAUGCACCAUGGUAUGCGGACUUCGUCAAUUACAUAGUGUGUGGAGUCUUGCCUCCGGAUCUGAGCUAUCAACAGAAGAAGAAGUUCUUUGCUGACUUGAAGUAUUAUUUUUGGGAUGAACCAUUUCUAUACAAACGGUGUGUUGAUGGGAUGUUCAGAAGGUGUAUUCCUGAAGAUGAGGUUGCCAGUAUUCUCCAUCAUUGCCACUCAUCUUCCUACGGAGGACAUGCAAGCACUUCAAAGACAGUUGCAAAAGUUCUACAAUCAGGUUUCUAUUGGCCGAGUCUUUUCCGGGAUGCAAGACAGUUUGUGAUAUCUUGUGAUAGUUGUCAGAGGACCGGGAAUAUUUCGGAGCGACAUGAGAUGCCUUUACACUCCAUCUUGGAAAUUGAGGUCUUUGAUGUGUGGGUGAUAGAUUUCAUAGGACCGUUCCCGUCAUCAUGUAACAACAAGUUCAUCUUAGUGGCGGUGGACUACGUCUCCAAAUGGGUAGAAACGAUAGCAUCCCCCACCAACGAUGCUAAAGUUGUUGUGAAACUAUUCAAGAACGUUAUUUUUCCAAGAUCCAACGAUGCUAAAGUUGUUGUGAAACUAUUCAAGAACGUUAUUUUUCCAAGAUUUAGGGUGCCACGGACGGAUAAUUAUCUUUUCCCACUCCCUGAUCCUGAUCGCACGACCAUCCAUGUUCAUGCCAAUUGGUCCUACCUAACAUCUGAUUUUAUGAUUUGUGAUGGUCAUGAGGUUGUGCCAGCUGAGGAUGCUGACACGGUGCCAUCGAGCAAGAGCAACAACGUCAAGGACAACUACUGGACUCUAUACACUACAUGA